AUGACUGAUGUAAUGGACCUGGCGGACGAGGGCAUGGCUCCGUCUCAUGCUGCAGAUUCCGAGACUCUUGUGCAGGAACUCGCUGAAGCUGUCAGACGGAACGCCGAGCGUCUGGGAACUGACGUGCAUGCGGACCUUGGCGCUUGCUGGUUACAGUAUGGUGAUGCUCUCUUGCAACUUGUGGAGAGAGGCGUCUCCGGUGUGGGCGACGGCUUGGGGCAGGAGGAUGAUGCACGCGACUGCGCAGAAUUGGCGGAGCUUGAGGAGGAUCUCGAACUGGCAUGGGAGUCCCUUGAGACUGCCAGGCGCUGUCUGGAGAUGAAGGCAGAUGAUACAGCGAGGGAGUCCCUGCUGCGAUGUCACCUCCGGCUGGCAGAUCUCUUGAGCUUGCAGGGACUGAAGGAAGCAGCGAUGGAAGAGUGCCGCAAAGCAGUCUCAGAAGGUUACGCGCAGAAACAGGAGGAUCAGGUCUUGGUGUCCUCGCGCAUGCUGCGCCUGCAAGCAGAUCUGUCAAACUGGGCGGCGGCUCCUGGUAUCACUCCGCCAGCUGAUGAAGGACGCGCUGUCCAAAAGUUGCCGGUCGUCAGCAAGGAGGAAGUUGCUUCAUCCCCAAUGGAGGUGCCUGUUCGGAAGAGGCGACGUGUUGAAAGCGAACACAGCAACCAGGGCAGUCGUGGCCAGACCCGAGACCAUUUGGAUGAAGCAGCGCAGCUUUGUCAG